AUGGUCUCCGACACCAAUAACCUUGUCUCAAAAGAUCGGAUGCUCUACGAUCAGGGUUCCUCUGGAUACAAAGACUGGCUAUCGAAAUCCAGUACCUUAGAUGACAUCUACAGGAACUAUCUCUCGCCCAGCUUGUCAGCCAAUAGUUCCGAUCACCAACCACAGAGCCACCGUGCGAAUGCAAGUCCCACAUCGAACCCACGUACUUCGGAAGAUGAAUACUUUGACGAAGGAGUCAUCACCGGUUAUGCUGUCCAACAGCCAGACCCACAACCUGGAUAUCACAGUAGCUACAAUCACUAUAGAAACCCGUAUCAAUACCCUUCCCAACAACCUCCAAUCUAUGGUCCCCAGCCAGCUGCAAGCAAAAACUUCCACCAGCAUGAAUUGCUACAAGGCGAGGCCAGCUACGAUUCAGCACGUGGCGAUUACUCCUACCAUCCGGCAAUCGAAUUCGAAGAGAAGAGUGUCAGCAAAGGGCUCGGUUUGAAGGAUCUGUUUGACAUCGCACUAACGACGUUGGCCUUUCUUUCGUUUGGUAUGUUUAUCCUGCAGGUGAUCAUGUGCAUAACGAUGACCAAAACCGAUGCCAACAUGAUGAUGAUUCCGGUCGACGGUGGUGGUGGUGAACUGGAGGGUGGAACCGAGGAAGAGGUGCGACGACGAACGGCUCGAUCGCUUCCUAUGUCGGAUGGUGCGAGGUUGGGGGAAAUAAACGCGAUCGCCCGGAAGGUGCUGGACUCGAUGGAUGCCGCAGUGUUUGCCAUGCAGGAUGAAGGGCAGUGCGCUCAGAAGACUAUCUGCGAGGGGAAUCGGUUCUCGAGGGAGCUGAAGUUCACCCGGCGGUAUUGGAUGGCAGUUUGGAACCUGGGAGUGAGUUGGCUAACUGGGAACAUGGUGGAAGAAGAGGCCAGGCCAGGCACCAUUCUGGGAUGCCUGCGGGCGAUGAUGAUCGGAUUAGGAGGAGGCGAUUGUGACAAAUCGUACAACUGUAGCAAGGAACAAGCACGUCAGAGAGGGACAUGAUUUAAAGAUGCCACGUAUCAUUCUGGCAUUUUGCUAAAAUUCUGUGAAAAUCAAAAAUCAAAGAUUCAAAUCUAUUUUUCCUAAAAAUUAAAGUUAUGUUUGAAAACUAAGAAACUGCACCAAUUUUUUGUGUUUCAUGAACCCAUCAGUAUUAGUUAGACAUAAAAGGGUUAAA